CGCUUUUGCAUUUGUUUACACGCGGCAACACAAGAGGUGGAAUGUGGAUCCGUUAUAUUCCAAUAAGAAGAAGUUCACAAUCACGUUGCCAUCAUCAUCACCGAAAUCGCAGGCUCCUCAGUAACAUAUUUAGGCAGAAAUUGAGAAAUAUUUUUCAUUCUAAUGAUUCUAUAAGAUAAAACAAAACGAUAUUAUGCAGAAUGCCACUAGAUUUUAUCAAAACUACCUUCGAAUCUGCGUGCAGAAUAAAUCAAUGCUCAAAAAUGCCACAGGUAUGUGUUCUAUUUUCUCAAAAUAUUCUCAACGUUCAAGAAAUAUGCUAGGUACAACGCCUCUGACAACCUCCACUGGUGAAAACUUGGAAAAAUCAAUUGAAAUAGAUUUGAAAUCAGGGAAAGGAUCUCGAAUAUUUGAGAGAUUGGAUAAAGCAGAUGAUUUAUCUUUACUUAGACUACCAAAACGAACAUGGGGAAGUGUGUUUUAUAUUUUGAAUCAAAACGAAGACUUUGGAACACUGGACAAAAUCAGAGCAAAAAUUAAAGAUUUGAAUAUAAAUUGCGGAGAAGGUGCUUUGACAACAUUGAUCAAAUCUUAUGUUAAAAGAAACCAAUCUAUAAAUGCUGUUAAUGUACUUGAUCAAAUGAAAAAUGCUGGAUUAUUCAGACACACAAGAACAUAUUUUCCUAUAAUCACUAGUCUUGCUGAAAAUGGCCAUCAAAAUAAAGCUUUUGAACUUUUUGAUGAGAUGCAUCAUUAUACAUUUAAAUCCAAGAAAAGCAUCACCAUGUCCGUACCUCCAGAUAUGACAGUUGCUCUGAUUAAGUCUUGUUUUCAAAGUGAAAUAUCUGAAUACAACAAAGCUACGGAAGUUCUGCUCUGGUAUAACCACAGUGGUCAACUGCUGACAUUGCAAAUAUUAAAUGCAAUAAAAGAGUGGUUAGACAAUGAUCCUGUGAAUAGCUGGACCAUGAAGGAAUGUCGUAUUUCAAAAGAAGGAUUAUGCAACAACUGUGGAAAAUAUUUAGACCCAGGAUAUUUAACAUCAAAUGAAAGAGAAGAGUUGAAAUUAGAUAUUUUAAACACUAUAGAAGGUAUAUUUAACUCAGAGGGAAAAGCUGGCAAAAGAGAAAGGUUUUGUAAGUUUGUGACAUUUAUAAAACAAUGUUCUCCAUGUGAUGUCAUCAUUGACGGCAUGAGUAUUGGAUUGUCUUCAAGUGUUCAAAAACAAAAGAAGAGAUUUAAUUUCAAUAUAUUGUUAAAAGUAUCAGAUCAUUUUAUUCAACAAGAAAGGAAAGUUUUGGUCUUACUCAACACAUCUAUCCCACCAUCUUUCCUCUCAAACAAUGUUCAAUACUUUGUGAGUGAUGUUGGUGAUGAUGAUCUGUAUAUAAUGUAUGCAAAUGCAAUGUGGAACAUGGCACCAUUUCUUGUUACUCGGGACAAGUUUCGUGAACACAGGUUUCUCCUUGCAUUUCAUAAUCAUGCUUCCCACAUGAAGUGGAUCAGAUCACAUACUAUCAGAGUUAGUGUCGAAAGAGAUGCACUGAUAUUUCAUAGGCAGAGAUAUGAUCCUGUUGUACAAACAGGAAAUUCAUCUUGGCAUUUUCCACUAGUUGAUGGCAGCUGGUUCUGUGCCAGGAAAGUAGUGAUAUAAAUUAUAUGUAUAUUUAUAUAUUGUACAUACUAUCUUCUAUGUAUUAUAUAUUGUACAUAUUAUUAGAAUGUUAGGGUUUGUAAGCCAAGUGAUUAUAUACAUUUCAAAACCUUACCAGGAACGACUGCGAAAAAUGCAGCACAAGGUCCUCUGGUAGGAAUUGAACCUACAGCCCUGCGAUUCCGGUGCAGCGCUCUAACCAACUGAGCUACAGAGGCCAGCUGUUGAGCUGGCCUCAGUUGGUUAGAGCGCUACACCAGGGCCGUAGGUUCAAUUCCUACCAGAGGACCUUGUGCUGCAUUUUUCGCAGUUGUUCCUGGUCAGGUCUUAAAAUGUAUAUAAUCACUUGGCUUACAAACCCUAACAUUCUAAUAAUUAUUCCACCAAGUGAAGUGCAAGAUACCACAUCAUUCAAGUCCACCUUAUAUUGUAUAUACUAUCCUCUAUGUAUUAUAUAUUGUAUACUGAUGAAACUCAUGAUCUUUGUUGCAGUACAAAACAGUUCCAGUGUAUGAAUACUUCAUUACUGAAUAUUUAUCAAAGUUUCAUUUUGCUCCACCCAUGAUACAUUCACCAAGCCUUGGACUGCUAAUAUCCCAUUGGGACAUUGGGUGCCUGCACUCUCCCCUGUGCCCUCAUGCAUGCACCCUACUGUAUUAUUUUACUCUGUCUAAUGCCAGAUUAUUUUACUCAUCAAGGGGAGAGUGCUGGUGCUUAAUGGGUUAAACAAACAGGGGUGUAAUUUUGGUCUAUAUGUUAGGGGUGUGGAUUCUUUUUCGCCCAAUGGAAGGGUGCAUGGUCAGAAAAU